CCUUAUAUCCCAUAAGGACUGUUAUUGCUGCUAACCAGGCUAUCCUUGCUACAAUUCAGAAAGCUGUUUCUAAGUAGGUUACAAAUGGAAAUAGGAUAUGGGAAGUAGGGGGAGUGGAGGGAGAGGAACAGCAGGUGAGAAAAUGCAGAGAGAAAAAUACAAAUCUGCAGCUUCUAAAAAAAAUGUACCAAAUUAGGUUUCUAGUAAUGAACUACAGAAAAAUGUUGUAUUUGUCUUUCUUUCACUGUUUGUUUGUUAACACUUUCUGGUAACCAAUUUGCAGCAUAAAUUUCACAAACCAAAUCAAACCCAAAACUUAUCAAGCCAAACCCAAACUCGUGCUAUUUUCAUGUAGGAUGGUUCCUGAAAAACAUGGAGUGGCCAAACGAAGUUUUGGGAACGGCAUCUUCAAUACCCAAGCAUUUUAACUGAGAAAACCUCAGUUCUACUGCAAGCCAGGAAUUACCUUUCAUUGGGAGGAUUCCGGCUUGUAUGGAGGUGGUAACUGUGGUGAUUCCUGCUUAAAGUUGGUAAUAUGAGCAGACAAGAGGAGGAGGAGGAGGUCUCUGGCAUUUGCCCCGCAGAAUCCAGUGAAAGGUGUGCGGCCCAGUCAACUGACACGAACUUUUUUGGGGGGGAGAGUGAAGGCAAGGCCUUGUUGUGGAGCCCUCUGAGUCCCGAAAAGCUAGAGGAGAUGAUGAGCGAAGCCAACAGGCUGGCUGCACUGAUGGAGGGGUGUGAGCUGCUGGAGAAGGAGAACGGCAGCUCUGAGACGAGGCUUGAGAUGGUUCCAGAUUUUGAACCUUUGCCCUCCAUUGAAUCUUUGCAUGCGGUGAGGAAGGACUCAAGGGCCCCCAGACGAAGGACAUUCAACGUGAGCAACAGCCCUCUGCAAGCCCUGCUGCCAACCGUGGGACCCGAAAGCUGCUGUUCUGUCAGUUCCCCCAAAGCUCCGCUUCCAGACAUGGGAAGUCCUACUUCCUGUGUUGCAGACCCACCUGUUCCCAAAAGACGCCAGAAUAAAUCAAAUGCCUGCAUCCCCAACACGCAGCUCCCCAAGAAAUCCCGGCCCAAUCAGCCACUCAAGUCACUGGCAGCAACAAAAUCUCUGGAUAUUAAAAAGACAAUUACCAGGUCCAGCAGGAAGGAAAGAUCAACUCCACCCACCCUUCCCACGCAGAAUAAGAAGCCCCUGCCAAGUCUGAGGCCUCCCCUUCAAACCAACAGGCAGGGACCUUGGAGGGAAACAGAGAAAUCUUCUGGCAAGGCCUCUUCUUCGGAGGGAUCCCAGCUUGGCCUUCAGGAUCCACCUAGCAAAGGUAAAAAACCAGUACCAUAUGCAAAAGCAAGGCUGGGCCCCAGGCUGGAUCCGCUGAAGACUGGUCCUGUGAAGAAGGCCUCUGUUGCUCCAGAAAAGGUGGCGCAUCUCCCAAAGGCAAAUGCAAGUCAGGUGACAAGUAUGGGUGGCAGCACCCCACAAUUGCAGGCCAGCUACAAGCCUCACAGCAGUUGUCGUGAGAUUCGAACCAGGAACACGGCCAAGUCUGGGCUGGCAAGCAGACUGCCGGUGUUAAACUCUAACACGCCUGCAUCUCAACAGACAGUCCCUUCUGGCACUUCCCAGAACAGCAGGCUGCGACUGCCCAAGAAGGCAACCUCUGGCAAGUCGAGCCUUGCAGUGAACAGAUCUGGGGCUGGAUGAGUGUGAAACCACGGAGCAUUGCCUGCUCUUUCCCUUUUAACGACAUUCCUGGGUGCUUUUAACGUAUGGCCCAAACUUGCAUGGUGAAGGAGGAGCUGCAGCCUGGGAGACUUUGCCAAGGCUUUGCUGACAGAGAGAACCACACCUCCAUGAUCACUGGCUGAGGGCUGGUGGGAAUUGGGAGCCAAAACGAUUACCUGGAGGGACUACAGGUCAGCCUUGUAGAACCUCUGCUAUAUGAUUAGGUAUGUCUGUCUGUACUGUGCUUAUGUUUGUUAAAAUAUAUACUUUUCUAAUAAAACAAAAUAAGCUUUUUAAAAAUAAAACCAAUGAGGAAACCUA